AUGGAAACGGAGCGAUUAAAGACAGUAAAGCACAGUAAAAGACGAGAUCAAGCACACAAGAUUUGGUACAAAUACAUUGAUCAAGCGUCUGAGUUUCAAAUCUCAACGACACUUGAACUUACAUCAGAGCUAAAACAGCUUGUGAAGCAAAAUAUUGAUCGAAUUGAUCACGUUCACGACAGUUUCUUUCCGAUUCAAAAACUGGCGUUCAUGCGGCUCACAAGCGACAAGAUGCCGCAGUUUCUUAGGAGUAAUGAAUACCUUCAAAUGCUCAUUGAUACGGAAGAUGGUACAAGAAGAAUUCCCAUGGAAAAAGUCUUACAGCAACCACGUGCAGCACAUUACUUUCUACUCUUCCUCAUGCAAAGUCGACAGCAUUUUGAACUCUACUUCUGGCUACAUGUGGAAUACGUGCUAAAACUUUUGAUAGAUGAAAAAAAGUACGAGCUGUUUUGGCAAUUGGCAAGCGUACUUGUGCACAAGGCGCAAGCAAGUUCGCAGGCCAUCACACUUGCGACGAAGAAUGAUUUAUACCUGGCCGUGGCCAGCCGUCGCCUCGAUGAAAAGUUUCAGCCCAUGGCCAUCACGUUUUUCAGCAAGGCGCAGCACGAGAUCUUUGCGAUGCUACAGUCGUCGUGGUUUGACCGGUUUAUGAAGAGCAAUCUGUACAAGGUAGCACUGCAGGACUCGCUCAUCCACUUUGACCUCGUCGAGAAGUCUGAAGAUGAUUCAUCUCCAAAGUUUUUGUCUAAAGCCUACUCUUCUGCGGAAUACCCAAAGGAACCAAUCAAGACUAACAAUGGUGUUCCAUUGGGUAGUGGGGGAAGUGACGAGCACAAUGUUGGGCAAAAAGGCGAAGAAGAGCUCAUUGACACGAAGCCACAUGCAGUCAAUAAUUCGGAUCACAUGAGCGUGAACAAUAGAAAAGAAGACAGUCGAUGUGACUCAGAGGAAAGCAAAAGCCAUGCAUUUGCUAAAAUUGUCUUAAAUCUCGAGAGCAUCAUUCGGCUGACUAAGUUGCCCGAUGGCCUCCAAGUGCACUAUCGACCAAAUUACGAGUCGCCGACAGCAAACGCAUCCGUCCUUAAGGAGGAUGAGUGUGGUAUUGAUGUCAUUUUGACCUUUGCGACUUUUGUGGAGAAGCAGGAGGUGGAGGAUGCUGCUGCCACCUUGAUGCUCAUGCCUGUUCCAAAUCCAUACAAAGAUACAAACAGUCGCAAUGAGUCGUUUGACGACAUUUCUAAACGAAUCAAAACUUUCCUCGUUCCGAGCGGUCAAAUCCUCAUCAAGCGGUCAGAAGGUGGAAAAUGUCCUACUGGCAUGUUGUUUCCUUUCCAACAGAGCGGCCGGAACGGAUUCUUGUUUGGGUCAGUCUACUUGAUGUACGAACCCAUGUACGUGGGAAUACCUAACGAAGAAGUUUAUGUUGCAAAGGGCUUUUGCGUGCUAUCUCACCUUCCGCUCGUGAACUCGUUGCGAAACCUGGUGGAAGAACACGUGCAAAGUGCACCGGAUACAUCCAGUAUCCUUGCACACGACCGUUUGGCGUUGUUAUUCCAAAGCAGCCUUUGUUGGAAAAGAACGACUAUCAGCAGUGCCAGAACUCAUACGUAUGUGCACCCGGAAAUGCGGCGUCUGGCGCAUCGGCAGCACAGCAGCAUUCUGGACCUGCCUUUAGCAACGCUAGAGACUCAGGUGGACGUCCCAAUGACAAUUCUGUUCGAACACUUUGGUACCUCCAUGGUACUUCAAAUUCUUGCUAGUGCUGUACUUGAGUGCAGUAUCGUGGUAGUUGCAAGUCAGUAUUCGUUGCUGACAAUGUGUGCCGAGGCUAUCCGCAACUUGCUUCGACCGUUUUCGUGGUGUCAUGUGUAUGCGCCUGUGUUGCCAAAGCCAUUGCUCUCUUACCUGCAGUGUCCAACGCCGAUUCUGGUAGGCGUACACAGCACGUUUGUGGUGCGAUCAGAUCUGCCAACGCGUGGCUUGUAUCUUGUUGCUGACGUAGAUCGUAAAGUUGUGGAAUAUGUCGGUGAUCAAUCGGUUUCCUGGCGAGGCCUGGGUCUGCGAGACGACGUAGGAGCGAACGCAAUUUUUUUGCCUCGGUGCUUUGUAGUUGCAAAACAUGAGUUGGACAAACUGUUGUUUCCAAGAACAUUGCGAUACGAUUUAAUUGGUGGAUGUGGCACAGCAUCGCUCAACACAAUGGUAUCACCUCCGAAGACAGAAGCGGAGCAAGAUGAGCAGGUGCGCGGUAUCUGCUUUGAUUUGUUCUCAGAGCUAUUGAGUGGUCAUACAAAUGCCUGCCUUGUGGUGGGUGACACAAAGGAGUCGGUAGUCAUCUUUGACGAGAGUGAGUUCCUUGCAACUCGUGCUGAAGAAGACUUGCUCUUUUACCGUGCGCUGUUGCGCACUCAAUGCUUCUCAGAAAUUGUCAGCACGCACCGGAUUAACAUGAGCUCGAAAGAGAUUGGCUUAGAAGGCUUUCAAGCAGAUGAAGAUCUGCAGGAAGGGAUAAUUUAG